CCAUAAUAAAAUAAACUUCAGGCCACUUGUUACUACAUGACAAAAACUUAACUAAACCAAUUAAACAGGCUUCUUGAAGUUGUUGCAUUUUCAAUCAAAUAAAAAUGUAGUGUCACAGUAUUGGCACCAUUUCUGGAGACAAAAAGGAUCAAAUCUUUUAAGCACCCACAUGAUUAUUAGAUGCCGCACGUUCAGUAGAACCUUUUGUUGGCCAAAUGCGUAACAGGUUUACAAGCUCCAAAAAGAUCCAGCCGUGCAACACAUGCUGAUUUAAUUUGGCAAUCUCUCAUCUUAUCUCCUCCUUAUGGUGUUCUGACUAUAGAUACCUACUCUAGUUUUACUAUUCCAUCAUCAGUUUGAGAUAUCCCCUCAUUAGAAAAAAAAAACCAACAACAAUAAGAAAUGGAUUCUCUUUCUUCAAAACCCAAUCACGUUCGAUCAAUUAGUUUGCCCGGGAGAUCACACCCUACCACCCAGAGAGUUGAAGAGGAGCUCAACAAGCUCAAAUCAUUGGAAGUAUCAGCUGCACCAGCAGCUGUGAGCAAUGGAUUAAUCGGUUUGGAGAAAUUGUACAAGUGCAUAGAUGAUCUUCUCAACUUGCCUCAAAUACUUCAAGCCCUCUCUCAGAGUCUAAAUGCAAAAUGGCUAGACAAUUUAUUGGAUAAAUCAGUGAGGCUUCUUGAUCUUUGUGGCACAAUAAGGGAACUCGUCUCACAAUGUAAAGAAAAUGCAAGAGAUUUACAAUCAUCUCUUAGAAGGAGAAAAGGAGAUUCAACUACAGAUGACAGUGUUGAAAGAUUUACCUCUUUCAGCAAGAAGAUCAAGAGGGACGCCAAAAGAUCUGUCUCAACUUUGAAACAAAUGGAUCAAGAGACUGCAGUAUUGGUCUUGCUAGAUGCAGAUCAAGAUACAGUAGCUGUGAUUAGAGCACUAAAAGAAGCUAAUGCAGUAUGUCUUUCAACUUUCCAAAUGCUAUUAUCCUUCCUGUGUGUGCCUCUUUUGAAGCCUAAGCCAUCAAAAUGGUCUUUGCUUUCAAGAUUGGUGCAAAAAGAAAGAAUAACAUCUGAAUACCACGAAGAAAACAUGAGCUUGGAAACAAGGCUGGAAACUUUCGAGGCUUACCUUGACAGCUUUGAAGAUGGAUUGGAAGCAACAUUUAGGUGUCUCAUUAGAUCUAGAAGCUCGCUCCUCAAUAUUUCCUCCUCCUAAUCUGUCAGUUGUUAUUCCACACACUGUAAAUUGUAUAUAAACAGUUUUGUAGCUAUGCUAGAAAUACACAAAUCUCAAGUGAAUGAAUAUACAUCAAUUUAAUCUCUCUCUAUGCGUGUACUUUUUCAUCAAUAGCCCAAACUAUUUGUCGAAAUGAUCUCCUAAAACUGUGGGGCUUGAAAUAGAUAAAACUCAUAGCCCGUCAGUUACACACUUAUGCCACAUAAUUGGUUUUGUUAAUCAAACCAAGGAAGCCUCUCAUGUAAAGUCAGAUGGCGUAAAUUAUUGACCUGAAAAGUGAUAUUAAUUCAUAACAUGAAUUGCAGAAGAAUGAGGUCUGUGUGAAGGAAGCUUCACAAUAAGUUCUUGCUACACAGGCUUCUGGAGUUCUUCUAACAUUUCCUCUGCAUAGUGACCCUAGGGUGUUAAUAAACUCCACCGGCCUCCCCAAGACGCUCUUGAUAUAAAAGAAACCUCCCUCUAUAAAGGAAGACCAAAACCUGGGUCCCUUGAUCAGCCUCCUUGAACCUGAACUCAUCAGUAAGAUAUACAUCACAGGUAAAUUAGAUAAUAUAGUUCAUGAUCUGCUUAUCUUUAGUUAAAAGUCCAACUAACUAUGACAUGACCACCUUAACUUGACCAUAUUGAUUUAGUAUCUGUUUGAAUUCCUUCUCGAGUUCAUUAAAAGAUGUAGAUCUAGUAAAGGAGCUAAUCCUAUAUCAUUAAACUUCAUCAAGAUCCCCAGCCAAUUAAACAAAAACAAAAUCAAGAUUCAAACUAGGAUUUGGCAUGAAAUCACAGACAAAGCAGCCAACAGACUGUUCUUUUGAACAAAUUAAUGGGCAGUUACCCAUGCCACUUUAUUUGAAAUAAUUUCUGGCAUUAAAUUAUCAUUGGCCAUGGUGCAAUUUAGUAAUCAACUAGUUUUCCUUUUCCAAAUAAAAUAUGGCAAACAACCACACAUACGUGUAUAAAUUAAAUAUACACUACACGUCCAUUUGAAUAUUGGCAAAAAAUAUCUUUUCAGAUCUUCUAAUCUGUAUUUUGUGUAAUUAGUGGACAUCAGCUCCUCCAAACGAGACAGCCUCAGUGGACCCACGUUAUUAGCAUCUUGAUUGCACCACCAAGUGAUGCGACAAUUCUUAGUAAUUAGGGAAGAGGCAACCUGUAAUUGAACCCCAUAUGAAGGCAAAGCCACAUAAUUUAUUCAUUUAGAUGACUAAUUAUUAGAGCCUUUGUUUGCCAAAUGCAUAGCAAUUUACCAAAUUCCAAGGGAUACCCACAUGACCACAUUUUCGCUUCUUGAUACCUCUUUGUUUAUAUAAAUGACCUUUCUUUGUACCUAUUGUUCAUCCCAGCAUUCAGCUUUUCUCACAACAUAGAAAAACUAAAAACCAUGGCUAUUACUUCUUGCCAUAUUAGGUCAAUCAGUUUACCCACUAGACCACACAAUCAGAGAGUGGAAGAGAUUCUCAACAAGCUCAAGGUGCUGGAAGUAUCUACUGCAUCAACAGCAGAGACUAUUUGCAGUCGUCUACUUGUUUUGGAAGACCUACACAAAUGUGUUGAUGAUCAUCUUAACUUGACUCACCUCUCCCAACAUGGAAAAUAGUUUGAAGAUUUAUCGGAACAAUCCAUGAGAAUUCUUGAUGUUUGUGGCACGAUAAGGGAAUUAGUCUCACAAUGUAAGGAACAUGUAAGAGAUGUAGCAUCAUCUGUCAGAAGGAGAAAGCAAGAUAACAUAGUCAGAUUCGCCUCCUUCAGAAAAAAGAUGAAGAAGGACGCUAAAAGAUUAGUCUUGUCCUUAAAGGAAAUGAAUGAGGAGACUGAAGGAUCACUGUUCCUAGAUGCAGCGUCGGAAAUAGCAUUUUUUAUUAGAGUAAUGAGAAAUGUCAGUAAAUCAUGCAUUCCAAUUUUCCAAAUGCUCUUGUCUUUCAUGUAUGUGCCACUCUUGAAGACUAAGUCAUCUAAAUGGUCACUGGUUUCAAGAUUGGUGUACAAGGGAAGAGAGAGUAUCAUGUGAAGUCCAAGAACCAAACAUGAACAUGGAAACUUUUGAGUCUCAACUUGAUAGUAUUGAGAAAGGAUUGGAAAGAGUAUAUAGAUGUUAGAUCAAGUAGCUCCCUACAUAAUACAGUUUCCUUCUAAACUGUAUGGUUGACCAAAUUUUGUAUAUACAAUUUUGUAGUUAUGAUAGAAAAGAACAAUAUACAAGUGAAAGAUUAUAUGAAAAAUCUAAUCUGUCUCUUUUUACAUGAUUUUGUUCCCCUCUGUAUGCAAUUAACAGAUAUCUAAAUUUAUAAUAGAAUCAUACUACUCUCGCAUAUCACAAGUUUCUAAGGCUGUUCCAACAACAGGAUAAGCUUCUGAGUCUCCAAUUUUUGUUAUCAUUUUCUAUAAAGAUAUAGCCAUGAGAACCUAAAAAUUGUUUAAAGAUUAAUGAGUAAUUUAACCUAUUUUGGGACCUAAAUGAAAAAGAAAUUGAUAAAUUCUUCAAAGGACAUACGUCAUAUUAAUUAGGUUUGCAAGUGUAGUUUUAAUUGUGUUUAAUCAGCUUCAUCUGAGAUUAUUUCGUUUUCAGAGAACCUUUAGUGUUUCUCCGCAUGCUAAAUCCCUUGAUGGAUGAACAAGUGAAAACUAAAAUUAUCAUACUAAAAAAAGGGAACAAUUUCACUUUAUUCUCCAAAGUUGCAUAGAGUAAAAAAAUGAAGGCGUGAAUCUUCAUAAAAUAUAAUUGAAGGCAUGAAGACGGCUUAAUGUUUCACAGGUAUUAGAACUCACCUACCAUGACAGAAACUGAUUUAAGGGUAAUAUCUGGACAAAAAUGCACUCGUUUACAAAUGAAUAUGAAAUAUUUCUUAGCUAUUCGCUUUACCCACCAUAUCUUAACACAUCCUAAUCAAUUAGUUAAUACAGCUCACAAUCUGAUUUUCUUUGGUUCAUAUAUCCAACUACUUGUGGUGUGUGGAAACCGAACCAAGUAAAUUUUGUCCUUUCUGAAUUUGACCUCAAAAUUAUAAGAAGUAUUACACCUUGUCAAGAAGCUUGUAAAGAUAUGCUCCUAGCACCUUGCCAAACAAAUUCAAAUAAUAACCUUCCCAUACGUGUACAUUUCCAUAAAAUAAACUUCAAACGUGCAAUAUGAAUUUUAUAUUGAUCUUCUAGCCCCUUUUAAAGUCUUUGACACCUUAAAAUAUCCCACUAUUCUUUAAUAAUUCAUAUCUCAGUUAUCUAAAUAUGUGUUGUUCUAGUAGUUGACAGAUUUAAGCUUUUAUGGAGGGGACAAGCUUAGGUGGCCACCUGUUACAGACAAAAACUAACUAAACAACUGAACAAGUAAAACAGACUCCUUGAAGCUAAUGCAUCUUCAAUCACAUAAUACCAAUAAAAAAAAUCAUGUGUCAUAGUAUUGGCACCAUUUCUGGAGACCCAAAAAGGGAAUCUAUUCAAUACCCACAUGAUAAUGAGAUGCCUCACGUUCAUCCAAUAAUACGAGGACUAAUAAAAGUAAUCAGCAGAGCCUUUGUAGGCCAAAUGUGUAGCAGGUUUACGAGUUCCAAAAAGAUCCAGCAAUUCAAUCACAUGCUGAUUUAAUUAGGUUACUGCUCAAUUUAUCUCCUCCUAUGGCUGUCUGCCUAUAAAUACCAACUCUGAAGCUUCAAUUUAAUCACCAGUUCGAGAUAUCCCCUCAUCAGAAAAAAAAAACACAUAAGAAAUGGCUGCUCUUUCUUCAAAACCCAACCACGUUCGGUCAAUCAGUUUCCCUGGGAGAUCACACCCUACCAUCCAGAGAGUAGAAGAAGAGCUCAACAAGCUCAAAUCAUUAGAAGCACCUGCUACACCAAAAGCAGACACUGUGUACCAUGGUCUACUCAUAUUGGAGAGAUUAUACAAGAGCAUAGAUGGUCUUCUCAACUUGCCUUCCCGUCAAACCCUAUCCCAAAGUCUAGAUGCUAAAUGGGUUGACGAUUUAUUGGACAAAUCAGUGAGGCUUCUUGAUGUUUGCGGCACUACAAGGGAACUUGUCUCACAAUAUAAAGAAAAAGUAAGAGAUCUUCAAUCAUCUCUCAGAAGGAGAAAAGGAGAUUCAACUACAGAUGACAGCGUUGAAAGAUUUACCUCUUUCAGCAAGAAGAUCAAGAGGGAUGCCAAAAUGUCUAUCUUGACUCUGAAACAAAUAGAUCAAGAGACUGCAGUACCAGUCUUGCUAGAUGCAGAACAAGAUACAAUAGCUGCAAUUAGAGCACUUAGAGAAGCUAAUGCAGUAUGCAUUUCAAUUUUCCAAACGCUCUUGUCCUUCCUGUGUGUGCCACUUUUGAAGCCUAAGCAAUCAAAAUGGUCAUUGCUUUCAAGAUUGGUACACAAACAGAGAAUAACACCUGGAGUCCAAGAAGAAAACACCAGCUUAGAAACCAGGCUGGAAACCUUCGAGGCUUACCUUGACAGCUUUGAAAAUGCACUGGAAGCUGUAUUUAGGUGCUUGAUUAGAUCUAGAAGCUCGCUCCUCAAUGUUCUUUCCUGCUAAUUUGGAAGUUGUUAUUCUAUACUCUGUAAAUUGUAUAUGAACAGUUUUGUAGUAAUGUUAGAAAUACAUAAACUUCAAG